UUGUUUAAAAACCCGUUCAGUGUGAGACCGGGCGCGAAAGUGGUCAAUCGUGUGUUCUACAUUAUAACCAACAUUUAAAAUGGCCAACAGAUAUCUGUUGUGCCUCUUGUUCUUGUGUGUGACGCUAAGUGCGGUGAACGGGAAAUGGGGUAGCCGUAGUAGUUCUCGCUCGAGCUCAGGUUCGAGGGGAUGGGGAUCGAGCAGUUCAAGCAGAUCCUCGGGAUCCUCGGGAUGGGGAUGGGGAUCGAGUUCUGGAAAAUCAUCCUCAUCUGGUUCUGGUUCGAGUUCCGGUUGGAGCUGGGGCUCGAGAAGUCCGUCGAGUUCUAGUUCAAGCCACUCUUACCCGUCGUCAUCAUCUGGACUAUCGGGCUCUAGCAGUAAGCACAGCUAUCCAUCAUCAGUAUCAGGUUUAUCUGGAUGGGGAUCAACCUCCCAUAGCUAUCCUUCCUCUUGGUCAGGAUUAUCCGGACGAGAUUCCCCAAAAUACCCGUGGUCAAGUGGAAGUUCAUCAAGCUCCGCCAGCAAAUACCCAGCAUCGUCAGGCUUAUCUGGAUCUAGCUCUGGCAGCAGUUAUCCAGCGUCAACAGGUCUAUCUGGGUCUAGUUCUGGAAGUAGAUAUCCAGCGUCAACAGGUCUAUCUGGGUCUAGUUCUGGAAGUAGAUAUCCAGCUUCUACAGGUCUAUCGGGAUCAAGCUCGGGAAGUAAAUAUCCAGCAUCAACGGGAUUAUCUGGAUCUAGUUCUGGAAGCAAAUAUCCGACAAACUCAUGGCUAUCGGGACCCUCUUCUGGUAGCAGAUAUCCAGCAUCUACAGGCUUAUCGGGAUCCAGUACCGAAAGUAAAUACCCGGCAUCUACAGGUCUAUCAGGAUCUGGUUCCGGAAGCAGCUAUCCAGCUUCGAAUACAUAUCAUAAACCUGACUAUAACUAUCAUCCUAGCAACACUUACAAUACUAAUUCAGGCUACAGGCCAAACACGCACACUUCAUACGGCAAUUCAUAUGGAUCAUAUGGCAGUAACUACCAUACACCCACUUAUUUCUCAUCACCUCAACACAUUUAUGUAACAGAGUACAGAAAUUCAGGAAGUCGCUAUAAUGACUUACUAACAGGGCUUACAUUAUAUAAUUUAGGGCGUUCUCAUAGUCAUUACUAUGACCAUUACUAUUAUGACGACUACUACAGGCACAGAUACAGUAGUAACUCCGGUUAUCGUCCUUCAAAUACACAACCAAAGGACGAAGCACAUUGUUUAUUGAGAGUGAAAGAACAUAAUAAAAUUGAAGAACUAAAAAUUCCAUGUGAAAUUGUAUCCACAUUUACAGAAGGAAGUAAAAAAGUAUCUAAAGAAUCAAGUCAAGUAGAGAGCGUGGUUUGUCACAAUUCUACUACUGUUAUAACUGAGGGUGCAACACCUACUUCAACCAAAAGUCCGACUCAAAAUAUGACUGUUGUAUCAUCUACAACUGAAUCUGUUGCAAAAUUAUCUGUUAUACCAAUUGUUACUGCCUUAUCUGACAAUCAAACAAGUGUUAAGGAAAAUAUUACAUCAACAUUAACCCCACCAGUUAAUAGCACUGCAAUUACUCCAACGGUUAACAUAACUACACCAUCCAGUAACUCGCAAAACAUUUCAUUAACAACAGAGACUUCUACUCCAGGAACAAAUGUUUCAUUAUCUAGCAAUAGCACUGUUUCAUCAACACCUUCUACUAAUGCGACUAUAUCUGUAUCAAAUACAAAUUCAACUGAAACAACAACACCCACCGUUUUAUCAAACACAACAAUCCAAUCAGUGGCUAAUGUAACUACACCAAAAACCAACACAACAGUAACGAACACAACCACACCAAGCAUAACACAAACUAAAGAAACAAAAAUAACAAAUUCAACAUGCGUAGUAACAUCACAGCUGAAAGACCCGCUUAGUGUGAAAGGCCCACCGCCCGAUCCAAAUGGUAUGGAAUGUGAAGUAGAAAUAGUCACAAACAACCACCGACUUAAAUCUAAAGUGAAUUGCGUUACAUUAAUGGAAUAUUCGAAAAUGCCGGAACCUAAAAAAGACGCUGGUAUUGUGCCAGAUAGAGCGAAAUUGAAAUCUUGGUUAACCAAACCACCAUGGUGGAUGUCUAUGUUUAUUGCUGUUUAAAUUUAACUUUAGAAUUUAAUUUUAAGUAUUAAUAAGAUACUGCCCCCUUUUAUGCAUUAUCGAUAUCUAAAGACAUUUGUAUUGUGUUCCUUCCUUUCUUAUGUAAAGUAAUGUAAAGUAUAUGAAAGAGACAGAAAUUUUAUGAAAUGAUAAUAUUAAUUCAUAUAAAAUUAUUUUUAGUAGGGGCCAAAGUUUAUCCGCCGUACUAUAUCAUGUCAAUAUAAGGGCCUUCAGUUCUCAAUGAAAUAAAUAGUUAAUUUAAUUUAUCUUUCAUUAAAUAAAUUCAUAUUAUCAUCUAAAUACAACGAUGAUUAUUGUUUUAUUUAGAUAAUUCGAUAAUUAUAAUUCUUGUCUUUUGUAAAUAUUUUUCCUGUAUAUUUUAAGAAAUUAGAUUAUUUAAGUAUCUGCAAUGAAAUGACUGCCGUAAAAUGUAUAACCUAUUUUUCAAAUAAACGAUACACAUUA